GGGGCGAGGGAAGCUGGUUGACAGGGAAAUCCGCUUCCCCCGGGGCAGUGCUGUUGGUCGCUGCCGGGCGCCCAUCUCCGGACCGGAGGGUCUGCGCUAGGAGAUGGCCACGGGGCCAGAGGCAGGCUGCUGCUUCCUUCAGCUGCUUAGGCGGGCUCCGCUGGAGUCCCGGCCUGGGCCAGGUGAUGCUGUUGCACUUGGAGGCCUCUCGUCCGCUCCGGAUGUUCCUCCUCGCCCGUGAGCCCGGAUAGCGGCCCCCAUGCCCCAUUCUGUCCCCUUCCGCCCCGGUGCCGCGGGGAGGCCGCGCUUGUUCUCUGCAGGAUCGGAUCACAGAUAACUCCCGGCGGGACUGGGUUCACCCGGCAUGGAGGGUGGGCUGGGAUCGCUUCGGGACCCGUUGGACUCCGGAUGGUGUUUCCCGGCGAACGCAUGGGCGGGUGUUUGGAGGCGCCCGGGUCGUGGCUCGCUUGAAGGAGGACAGUGCUUUGAUUUGUAGGCUUGUGAUGCGCCGGCAGUGGCCCAGUCGGGCUGUAGAGUGAGGCCUUGAGUUUGUGGGAUCGCUCGCUCAGGCUUGACACCUGCUGGUUUAACAGCAGCGCCACGCCGUAGCCGCCUGUGCAAAAGACCUGUCUACAUACUUCACUCAGAUUUUGUUCUAGAAAAAUUGAAUCAGUUGAUAAAACUUCUUUCUUUGACUCCUAAGUUCUUUUUGUGCCAGCAGCUGAGCUAGGGAAUCGCCUACCGACUUACCACUUUCUAAAAUAAAAUUUAUAAACAUUGUUCACCUAUUUGAGUCUAGUUAGUGUCAUCCUCUGACUUAUGCUGGAUCUUCUUCAGUUGUGCUUCCCAGACCAUGAACUUGAUUGCAUGGUAUCUGGCUAUGGAAAAGUAUACAGUGAUAAGUAAGCUUCAGUGUUAUGGAGACCUAGUUUUAUGAAAUGUUUGAAUCUUUUUUAUAGUGAAAGUGACCUUGGUAUGAAGGUUUGCGAGGUGAUGAAAUGGAGGAAUAAUAGUGUGCACUUAUGUUUUUGAAAAUUAUAUUUAAUGAAGUCCGUGUGCUUUGAAUUAGUGACGAUGUAGAGCCUUUCCGAAAGCCUCAUCCAUUUAUCCAAACAUUUCUUCUUUGAAGGACUCCUUCUACUGCUGAUACAGAUUUACAUGUAUGUUUUAAAAAACAUAUCACUUCCUUGGGUUAUUCAUUUAAGCCAUCUGAUGACUUUUUUUUACAUUUAUUACCAUCUUUUGUUAGGUUUUUUAUUUGCUGCUUAUCCAAUUAGAUUCACUUGCAUUUCUAUCUGUGGAACAGUUUGACAUAAAAUUAAAUCUAUGUGCAAAUCUGAAAUUAAUUUGUCUGGCUUACAUAUGAGGAGUUGUAUAUUGUGUCCAUGGUGUAUGAUGGAAAAUCUUGAUAGUUGUCAUCACUGAAGUACUGAGCACACCUGGUUCUGGGUUGACGACACAAUACUGGGGAAAUUAUUUUCGUUCAUAGGAACACAGAAAGGUGCUAGAAAACUGCUGAAAUACUUCAUCAAAAUGCUACAUGAAUUAGUGAGCAAAUGGAUUUGACUUUUCAAGAAACGAAGGUCCUUUCAGAGAAUCCUUUCUCCCGCUGAAUUCUUUCCUUGCACAUUGGCAUUGCUGUUUCAUCUGUUGAGAAGAUAGCACGUACAGAUGUGAGGAGCUGUUUAUCAACACGAGCAAUUAUCAAACAAGAGGCUUUCUAGUUCAUAGACUUGUCUGUAGAAAGAAAAUAUUCAGAUAGUUUAGAAGUAAAAUAAGAUCUUUGCAGGAAUUUGUGCUUUUUUUUGUGCUAAUACAGAUGAUGUGAUCACUCUGUAAUUUGUAGGUAUACGUGGAUCCAAAAUCUGAAUAAUUUAGUGAGUUCAGUAUGGUAUCUUGUAUUUCAGAUAAAUUAGGGCUUUCUGUAUAAUGUGGUGGCAUUCUUAACUGCUUGUCAAAAACAAACAACACACCACCAGAAAAUCUAAAGGCUAAUUUGGUGCAUAGGUUUGCUUUGUUUCUGUAAUCUGGUAGUUUGUCAGAUCACAUUCAGUGGUUCUUGGUUAUGUGUUUGGGAUGCAGCAAGCUCUUGCAGGUGGAAAAACACAGCAAAAGAGAUUUGUUUGUAAAUUCAUGUACUUUGAAAUCGAUUUGGAAUUUUUGGCUCUUUCCUAUGGUUGUCUGUCUUCAGUGCGAUAUUGGACUGGGGGCAAUUAGCAUGUUUUGUCAUGCACAUCAAAAGCAGGUGGACUUCAGAAGAACUGGACACGUAAUCUUGAGCUGGAUUUACACACCUUUCAAGGACUGAAAUAAGAGGGUUUUCCCUCCUAUCUUAUUGGCAGAUCUGUUGUAUUUCAACAGUUCAGUGUGGUACAGCUGAUGACCAGUUGAUCUCAGCAUGUUUACAUCUUUUGCGGAAGUCACCCUUAACAUUUGAAUUUUCUUUCCUACUCCUAAAACGGAUUCACAAACGGCGAUGCAAUGCAUAGCACUGUGCUGAAGUACAGUAUGUCUCACAUUUCUCUUGGAACAAGGAAGGAGUUCUCCACGUUAAGUUGAUUUUACAGAAUUUAUCAGGUCUUCCAAGCAAAAACAGGUGAUUUUUGCUGUGGGUUGAGCUCAGAAUGGCUGUAGUCAUCCGUUUACAGGGGCUUCCUGUUGUUGCGGGUCCUGCAGAUAUUCGCCGUUUCUUCUCGGGAUUGAAUAUUCCUGAUGGAGGAGUGCAUAUUAUUGGAGGAGAAACUGGGGAGGCUUUUAUUAUAUUUGCAACAGAUGAAGAUGCACGACGUGCCAUGAGUUGUUCAGGAGGGCUUAUCAAAGACUCCCACAUAGAGCUCUUUCUCAGCAGCAAGACUGAAAUGCAAAAUACAAUAGAAAUGAGCCGGAAAAGAUUUGAUCGUGGGGGAAGAGAAACAUUAUCUGGGUCUAGACGAACAAGUGGUAGUAAUUCUGGUACAUCAGGUGUUGGGAGCCUUUCAAAUUUAGUUGCAGCUAUUACAAAAGGAAUGAAUAAAUCUGGUUAUGUUCCAUCAAAUCACCAAGAGUCUGGCUUUCAUACCAAUGGCACAAGACAUGGUGAUUCAAGAAAGGAGUCACAGAGUUCAGAUGAUGUUUAUUUAUUUCUACAUGGUAUACCGUAUUCUGCAACAGAAUAUGAAGUACGUGCUUUCUUUUCUGGAUUACGAGUAGAGGGAGUGAUCUUUAUAAAACGUCGCAAUGGCCUAAAUAAUGGGGAUGGUUUGGUAAAAUUUGCUACAUCUCACGGUGCCUUAGAAGGACUUAAACGACAUAAACAAUAUAUGGGUUCAAGAUUUAUAGAAAUAAGUCCAGCUACUGAAGAACAGUGGAUUGAAUAUGGUGGUAGGGUAGACAUGAAGAGUGAGAUUGCUCGUUACUUAAGCAAGGAGCGUUCUCCCACACGACGUUCAAAUUAUACUCCUUCAAGGAAACAUUCUCAUUCAAGAUCUCCUCCAAGGAGACAAAGAACACGUUCUCGUUCACCUCACAGCCAGGAAUUUUACAUACAUUUAAGAAACCUGUCUACUUACCUUGAGAAGAAAGAUCUGAGAGCUUUCUUUGAACAGCUGGAUGUGAGUAACAACCAAAUUAAGUUUUUAUUGGAUAGUCAUCAAAGGAGGACAAGAAAUGCAUUUGUGAUGUUCAGGAGUCAGAAGGAUUUUGAAAUUGCUCUGGGAUUUCACAGGCAGUUUCUUUUCAAUCGUCCUGUUUACAUUUUUCCUAUUUCUAGAAGAUCAAUGUUGAAAUUAAUUGAAUCAUAUGAGAAGAAGAGAUCACAAGAAAGAGAUCAGCCUGGACAGGCUGUAUCAGAAAAGAGUUACCGAGAGGGACGUCCUGGCCCAAAGAUGUGCAUAUAUAUAAGAAACUUUCCAUUUGAUGUGACAAAAGUUGAAGUGCAAAAGUUCUUUGCAGGAUUUGCUAUUGAUGAAGAUGAUAUCUACUUGCUUUAUGAUGACAAAGGAGUUGGUCUGGGAGAAGCAUUGGUAAAAUUUAAAUCUGAAGAGCAGGCAAUGAAAGCAGAAAGCUUAAAUCGUCGAAGGUUCUUGGGAACAGAAGUACUUUUAAGACUUAUAUCUGAGGAACAGAUGCGGGAAUUUGGUAUACAUGUUCCACCAUCAGCACAAAGUGGAAAAGUGCAGGUUCAUUCACAGGCUUUUGACAGAGGUGAACAUUCCCGUCCAGCUGCUUCACCACCUGGACAACCACAGGGACUAUCUAUGAACUCAUUUGGUCCUCCUGGGAGUUUUAGGCAUCCUCCUGAUGUUAGACGGCCGCCUGAGGAUUUCAGAGGACCGCCUCCUUUUAUGGAUUUUGGUGGUGAUGGCGAAUCUUAUGGUAGGGUGGAAUAUGGAAACAAUAACACAGGAGGCUUUCCUGAGGGAAGAUUUAUGUCCGAUCCAAAUUUCAGUGGUGGUGGUUCCGAUCGCGUAACUCCUAUUAGAUUAAAGAACUUGCCAUUCAGAGCCACUCCUAAUGAAAUUCUGGAUUUUUUCUAUGGCUAUAGUGUCAUUCCAGAGUCUGUUUCUAUACAGUAUAAUGAACAUGGAUUACCUUCAGGUGAUGCCAUUGUUGCUAUGGCAAAUUAUGAGGAAGCAAUGUCUGCUAUUAAUGAACUAAAUGAUAGACCAGUUGGCCCACGCAAAGUUAAGCUAAGCUUACUUUAAAGAGAAAAUGUUUCUCACAUUAAAAAUUCAAGACAUCACAGUAUUGAUGCAGUAAGAUGGAUUCUUAUUUACAAUUUUUUUUACUGGAAGAUGCAGAAGAACAUUUUUCUGUAAACAGGAAGUUGUAAAUAGUGUCACGUUGAGUUAUUUUGCAUUGGUUUGAGUUGACAUCUCUAAGGUUUUUUAGAAGAUAUCUUGGAAUGCUUGCUUUUAUUUUUAUGGAAUAUGGAGAGUUCAGUAAUCCUAAUGGAUUUGGCUUCUAAGGUACAUCUUGAUAUUAAGACAUACAAACAUGGAGUUGUAAUACGUUUGGAGUUUUUUUGCUUUUAUCCCACAGAUCCAUGGCUCUUUUGCAUCAUUUGAAAAUGUAAAAGUGCUGGAUGGCUUGAUUGUACAGACAGGUCAAAGAGAACAGUUUGUGCCACCUUCAUUAGUAAAUAUCAUUGGGCCUAUAGUCAACCUUUAUAUAUUUAGAAUAGGUAAACUGUAAACAUGAGUAAAUUUCUUGUGUAAACUGUUUUAGUCUUGUUCAAUUUCAUGUGGUUGCAGGCAUCUGAAAUUAUUCUCAUAAAAUUAGUUCUCUGUUCAUGUUAGCUGACUUUUAAAAAAGUGCAACUUAAAAAUAAAAGGAUUUACA